AACAGCUGGAGAGACACAAAUAACCAACCACUGUCCUUUGCACUGCGCCUGCGCCUCUCACUGAACUGCAGAGGAUAACGUGACAUGCCGGGCGGCCGCUGCAUGCCGGGAACUGUAGUUUUUCCGGAGACUUCCUGAACAUGGCGGCGCACAGUGAGUCUACAGAAGAGAAGAUGGCGGGAUGUAACACAAGACCGAAGCUGAGCAAAGAGCAGAAGAAGGUGAUGAAGAAAGAAGCAAAGGCAAAGAAUAUUCUCCUGCGGCAUGAAGGCAUAGAGACCGCGUCACGACCCUCCAAGAGUCUGGUUGUUGCCAAUGGAGGUCUGGGGAACGGAGUGAGCAGACAGCAGCUUCUGGAUGUCCUGCAGAUAUACGGACUGGUGGAGUCCCUGGUGAUGCCCCCCAACAAGCCCUAUGCCUUUGUAACUUAUGCGACCCCCGAGGCGGCCAUCAGUGCAUACUCUUCCCUCAGCGGCCAAGACAUCCUAUCCAUAGACGGGGAGCAGAUGAUCACCCUGUACCCCAGUUUUGUGGAUAAAGUUGAAGUAAAAGAGACGUCACCUCCAGCCAUACCCCCAGGCCUGCUAUUGGUAGAGAACAUUGUUUCUCCAGAAGAAGAACUUGCACUGCUGGAAAAUAUUUGUUGGGAGACAAAUAACUGCAAUCAGAAGUCACUAAAACACAGGCGGGUGAAGCAUUAUGGGUAUGAGUUCCGUUAUGAUAACAACAAUGUAGAUAAGGACCAGCCUUUGCCUGGAGGUCUUCCAGAGAUCUGUACGGUGCUGAUGGACAGGUGUUUGCAUCAGGGGCUGAUAAAGAAUAUGCCGGACCAGUUAACAAUAAACCAGUAUGAGCCCGGGCAAGGUAUUCCACCACAUAUCGAUACCCAUUCUGCAUUUGAAGAUGAAAUCCUCUCUUUGAGCUUGGGAUCGGAGAUUGUUAUGGACUUCAGGCAUCCAGAUGGCACCAGUGUCCCAGUAAUGGUGCCCCGGCGCAGUUUGCUGGUGAUGAGCGGAGAAGCUAGAUAUCUAUGGACACAUGGCAUUACUCCAAGAAAGUUCGAUGUUAUUCAAGUAUCAGAAGGACAGAGAGUUGGCGCAGUCAGCGGGAACACAGAAGAGCUAACGUUAAGCAAGAGGGGUACGAGAACGUCCUUUACAUUUAGGAAAAUAAGACACUGCCCGUGUAAAUGUGCUUUUCCAUUAGUGUGCGAUAGCCAACAAGUCAUUGAGAAGGAAUCUCCUCCUCGGGUCGGUGAAUUAGAGCCUGAAUCCCUGGAGAAGGAAUAUGUUCACAAGGUCUAUGAAGAUAUCGCUGGCCAUUUCAGCAGCACAAGACACACUCCGUGGCCCAAGGUGGUAGACUUCCUUAUGACUUUAUCAGCGGGUUCUCUCGUGGCUGACGUGGGCUGCGGCAACGGCAAAUAUAUUGGGAUCAAUAAGAGUUUGUACAUAAUCGGCUGUGACCGCAGUAAGAACCUUGUGGACAUCUGUGGGGAAAGGAAGUUUGAAGCCUGUGUCUGCGAUGCCCUGUCUGUUCCUUUUAGAAGCGGCUCAUUUGAUGCAUGUAUCUCCAUAGCAGUCAUCCACCAUUUUGCUACCGAGGAAAGAAGACUGGCAGCUAUACAAGAAUUACUGCGUCUUCUUAGAAGUGGAGGAAAAGCUCUUGUUUACGUCUGGGCUAUGGAGCAGGAGUACAAGAAGAACAAGUCAAAGUAUCUCAAGGAAGGCAAGACAUCAAGUGAGGCGAUCCUCCAGAACGCCAAGUCUGAUCAGCCUCCUCCGGGGUCAGCUGCAGAACUCCCCGUACACACUAACAGGACGGCAUUUGAUUCUCAGGACCUUUUAGUUCCUUGGCAUCUGAAAGCAAACAAUCAUGCUAAAAAUAAUGAAGCCACUAAUGCCAAGGUGGAAAACCAGCUGGUGCCAGGCUCAGUCUAUCACCGAUAUUAUCACGUGUUCCGGGAAGGCGAGCUGGAAGCGUUGUGUAGCAGAGUCAGCGAUGUGACCGUCCGGCACAGUUACCAUGAUCAGGGAAACUGGUGCGUCAUUUUGGAAAAGUUAUAACACUGGAGAAAGAAGAAUGGUCCUGGAGCUGGAGGCUGAUUUUAUUUUAUUUUUUAAAUAUUUUAUUGCAUUUGUAAUUUAAUAAAGUGAUAUGUGACUAUG